AUGAUUGUCAGGGCAAACGCUUUUGCUUAUCGGGUCAAGACAGAAAAAGGAGCGUUGGUCGUAGACAUAUCAGUAAUGAGGAAAGAAGUACGAGAAAAGGCCUGGGCAAUCACAAGGAAGCUAGACGAACUUGACUUCUUGGAUAACCCUUAUGCCUAUGGGGGCGUCAAAUUUGGUUGCGACCCAAAAACCGGAAGACCGAAACUGGCGAAAGGUCAUAAGUCAACCUCCGACAUUAUCAACCACGUACCAGCCGGCCUGUCUGAAAAAAACGGAUUCAGGGGCAAUACUUCAAGAAACCGAGGUGGCUACAGAGGAAGAUACCUCGGCCCCAACGAUCAAAGCAAUCAAUACUUCGACGACAGACGAGAAGCGAGGCAUUUCCGAGAAGAUGAUAACAGAUCAUGGGGGCAAAGGAGCAGCUACGGCAACAACCGAUACAACCCCAACAACAAUAACCAAACUGAUGAACGUCAACCCAACAAUUUCAGAGGUAGAGAGCAACGGGGAGGAGGGUCAAGUUCUCGUGUUCAAUCGGGGAAGAAAGAAUCCAAGGAGGGGAAAGAUAUGUAG